UUGGCACUAGUUUUGUUGAGGAUUCGGUAGUACAGUAUCUAUGGCAGAUUGCACCAGUGUGUCCACUACUUCUCAGACACCUAGGAGUGAGAGUUUUCCUAUACCUACUGCUAUGACUGAUAACCCUAACCCUAGUCUUAAAAUCACUACCUCUCUAUUUAAUGGUCAGAACUAUCUCGCAUGGUUGUAGAGUUUGACUAUGUUUUUGAAGAGCAGAGGGAAGAUGGGGUAUGUAGAUGGCAGGAUACAGGCACCCAGUACCACUGACCUGGGUUAUAACCAAUGGGAGAUUACCAAUAUGGGUUGGCUUAUUCAUUUGAUGGUUCCAGAAAUUGGUGAGGGCUACUUGUUUAUGGAGAUUGUCCAGGAUGUUUGGGAUGCUGUGGCUGCCACCUAUUCCCGCAAAGGGAAUUUCUCACAGGCAUUUGAGUUGCGCCGCUUUAUUAAGAGCUCUGUUCAGGGGGAGCAGACUAUUCUUCAGUACUUCACCUUCCUCACCAACGGCUAGAAAUGCCUUGAGCACCUGCAGGACUAUAAGCCUGUUUGCACAGCUGAUUCAGUCUGGUGCAGAAAGUUCAUCGCACAGGAACGGGUCUUCAAGUUUCUGGUGAUGUGGAGUAUGAUUCGGUUAGGAGUCGAGUUCGGGGUAUGGAUACUCUUCCUUCACUUUAGGAGGCAUUUGCCCAUGUACAGAAUGAGGAGAGUUGUCGGUCUGCUUUGAUGUCCCCUGUCUCUACUGACCGCUCAGCCUUACUGUCUACCCUUCGAGAUGGCCUCAACUUGAUUCUCAUUUCUCCGUCUGCCACCAAGGAGUCUGCAUUCUAUGAUUACUGUAAAAAGCCACGGCAUACUCGUGAGGCGUGUUGGAAGCUUCAUAGGCUUCCAUCUGGGAGUCAAGGUGAUUGGUCUGGUCUUAGAGGAGGUUGGUUAGGCUAGUCUAGAGGACGUGGCUCCCAUCCAUGAGCUCAUCAGUCUAGUGCCAUUGAUACACUUGAUGUUACUUCCACUUUCGUUGGCCAGGCUUCUGAUGGUCUCUGUGGCAUGACUACUCCUGAGCUUGAGGAUGUUCUGCGUCACUUGCUAGACCGUCGGUCUUUUACUGCUCUCAGUACAUCUUCCUUGUUGUUUGACCGCUCAGGACCUUGUCACGAGGAGGAUGAUUGGCAGUGGUAGUGUAGCAAAUGUCUCUACUUCCUGGAUCAACCGGACAAGUUUGCUUAUUCUUCCACCACGAGUCCUACUACCCAAGAUGAUUUAUGGCUGUGGCAUCAGCGUCUUGGGCAUCCUUUUUUUUAUUUACUUAAGCAUUUAUUUUCAUCUGGUUUCGCAAACAAUAAUGUGUCUGAGUUUCUUUGUGAGUCUUGUCAACUUGGAAAACAACAUAGAGCUUCUUUUGCUCCCAGUUUUAAUAAAAGUUUAGUUCUUUUUUUAUUAAUACAUUUUGAUAUUUGGAGUCUCUCUCGUGUUAUGUCUGUGAAAGGUCAUUGAUGGUUUGUUACAUUUAUUGAUGAUUUUUCUCGUACUAUUUGGGUGUAUCUCAUGAAAGACAAGAGUGAGAUUUUCUCUGUGUUUUGCAAUUUUCAUAAGAUGAUUUGUACUCAGUUUGGGGCCACUGUGAAAAUAUUUCAUUCUGAUAAUGGGGGUGAAUACAUAGAUUCUAAGUUAGGGCAAUAUUUUUCUACUCAUAACAUUAUCCCUCAGACCUCUUGCACCAAUACCCCUCAACAAAAUGGGGUGGUGGAACUCUAGAAUCGCCAUCUUCUUGACAUGGCUCGGUGCAUGUGUUUUUCUAUGAGUGUGCCUCAGUCCUACUAGGGCGACGCUGUUCUCACUACUGCCUAUCUUAUUAAUCGUCUUCCUACCCAGGUCUUGCGAAAACAAGCUCCUCUUCAAGUCCUCCUAGGUUCUCAGUCUUUGUUUUCUAUUUCUCCUAAAAUAUUUGGCUGUGUCUGUUUUGUUCAUAAUCACUCUCCUACUCGUGGUAAGUUGGAUCCUCACUCCCUCAAAUGUGUUUUUCUUGGUUUCUCUCCUACUAAAAAAGGGUAUAAGUGUUACCACUCUCCUUCUCGUAAGUGGUUUGUGUUCAUGGAUGUCACUUUCUUUGAGUCUCAGUCCUAUUUCUUGUCCUCUCUGGUGUCAUACUUCUCUCUCUAGGGAGAGCCUUGGUGUGAAGUGAUUCCUGUGAUUCCUAUUGUGGAACCAGUUGUUCUUGCACCACCACCUCUUACUGGGACUACAUAACCCAAUAUCACCAAGGAUAGAAAAGGACAAGUGUAUGUCAGGGACAAAGACAGACAGAAAGUUAACUGGAUACAAGAGACCACUUUUGCUCCUCCACUGCCAUCUCUUGCUUCUGGUGAGAAUCUAGAAACAAGAUCAAUUGCUGGUUAAAGCCAAACAAAAACAAGAGGCUUUGUCAAAAAAUGCUCGUUUUGAACAAAUAUGGAGGAGUAGAAAGGGGAGAAAAGAGGCAACACAUGAUGAUGCUCUGCAUGAAAUUUGUCAUGUCUAUGAUGUUGUUCGUGUUGAUGUUGAGGAAACAGCUAGUGAAGUGCAGGAGCAGGAAGAUACGGAUUUGGAGGAUCACAAGAUUGUCUAGUUAUCUUCCUCUAUUAAGAAAGUUCAUCCCAAGUGCUGCUGCGGAAAUUGAGUAUAUUCAUGACUAUAUGUCCAACCAAGGUUCCUCUAAUUGUUAUGCUGCAGCAUCAAAGAAUGACUCUGUAUGACUUGUAUGCUGUGAAGGAUGACGCCAACAUAACUGAGGAAGAUGCUUCAAAUCCGUUUCCCUUGGUACAGGUUGAAGAUGAUGAUGAAUUUGAUGAUGGCCUAGAUGAAUCCGAGUAUGAAAGCGAUGAUUCUAAUGCCGAAGAUAAUCCUCUGAAUGAUUAUCCGGAUGAGGAUACAUCUGAAGACAAUAAGGAUAGUGGGAGCAGAACCUCAAGUGAUGAAUCAGAAGAACUUGAUAGUGCGAAUGCCAGUGAUAAAUAUUCAAAACCUAAAGAUUUAGAAUACAACUGGUCAGAAGACGCAAAUACAUUUUAUGAAGAUGAUAUUUAUGAUGAUGGUGAGGGUGGUGUUGCUUAUUGUUAUGAUGAUGAUGGUGGUGGUGAUGAUGAUGAGUGGCGAUCGUCCUAUCGUUAGUUAGGAUUUGAACUUUGGGAGGGCAAAAACACAUGUAACUUUUUGUCAAAAAAAAUUAUUAUAAAAUUUUAACCUUCGAUUUAUAUUAUUAAUCGAACAUUUUUUGUUAAUAUAAUUGAGAAUAAAAAUACAAUUAGCCA